AAAGAAAGAGAUAGAGAGAGAGAGUUGGUGCGCGCUCUCCAGUAGUUGUUCUCGGUCCUCUGGUACAGGGUUGUGUCUGGGUGUGUGUCCCCGUGUCUCUGGUCAGUGUGAGUGUGAGCGACUGUGUUCAGCGGCAGCAUGAUGUCUUUCAUAAAGCAGCAGCCUCACUACGCGGUGAACGGCCUCCCGCUGGCCGGCGCUGCGGGCAUGGAGCUGCUGCACACCGCCGUGGCCUACCCGGCCACUCCGAGAAAGCAGCGGCGAGAGCGGACCACAUUCACCCGCACCCAGCUCGACAUUCUGGAGGCUCUGUUUACAAAGACACGCUACCCAGAUAUCUUCAUGAGAGAGGAGGUGGCAUUAAAGAUCAACCUGCCUGAGUCCAGAGUACAGGUAUGGUUCAAGAACCGACGUGCCAAGUGCCGCCAGCAACAGCAGCAGACCAGUGGCCAGCCAAAGCCCCGUCCUCCCAAAAAGAAGUCUUCUCCACCCCCAGAGUUGCCCUCUGAUCCUGGCUCUGGCUCAUCAGUGGCCCCGCCUCCAGUACCGCCAGUGGUGGUCCCCAGUUCAAGUGCUGCCGUGGCCACAGCACCAGUGUCUGUGUGGAGCCCUACAUCCUUGUCGCCACUUCCGGAUCCCCUGUGUGGCUCAGGAACCCCCUGCAUGCAACGUCCUACACCCUAUCCAAUGAGUUAUGGCCAGCCAACAUCCUCCUACGGCCAGGGAUACGGCUCAUCCCCAUAUUUUGGUGGCCUCGACUGCAGCCCUUACCUGUCCCCCAUGACCUCACAGCUGUCGGCUAGCGGAGGAGCCCUGUCGCCCCUGGCCGUGCCCUCCAUGGGUGGCUCUCUCAGCCAGUCACCCUCGCUUUCCUCGCAAGGCUAUGGCGCCUCUUCGCUGGGCUUCAGCUCCGUCGACUGCCUGGAUUACAAGGACCAGCAGGCCUGGAAGCUCAACUUCAGCACUGUGGACUGCCUCGACCACAAGUUCCAGGUGCUGUAGACGUGGCGGGAAGGUCUUAGCUGAGCCUCAAAUUGCUUCCUAUCAAGCCUGUAUUGCACUGUGUAGAGUUUAGAAGAAGCAUUUACUUCAUGGCCUAUGUAGUGCACUGCAAUAUUAAGGAGCCAUUUGAGAUUCAGUUAGAUAGAGUCAGAGAAAGAGUGAAUAUAGCAAAGACAGAACAAAGGGGGUGCAGGCUUAAUCAGAUGUGAUUCACACCAAACAGAAGGACAGUCAAGUUGACAACAAGUUUCAGAGGCUGUAGAGCAGUGGUCAACCAAUCCUCCACCUGGAGGUCCACCUUUCUGUAGGAUUUAGCUUCAACUGUAGUUGACCACACACAAUCAACAAGUUCAGGUUGAAAGUGAAAUCUGAAGAAAGGUAAAUCUCUAGGAGGAGGGUACUUGGAAAACACUGCUAUAGAGCAUGGGUUCCCAGUUCUAGCUAUGGAAACCUACUGUUAUAUGACAGAAAAUGGAUCUCGAAUUGCUCCCUCUUGAAUGUGCACUCUCUAAGAUCUGGUUGCAAUCAUAACCAACACACCUGAUACAGCAAAUUAAGGUUUCCUGGAUCUUUUCACAAGCCAGGCUUGUUGAAUCUCUCCAGGGUGGAAGAUAUCCACAAGUCUGCAGUAGGGUACCCAUAGUGACCCCAAGUAUAGAGACUAGAGGAACCCUUUCUUUGAGGGACUUCAUAGUGCACUAUGUAGGGAGCCAUUUGAGAUUCAUUUAGUAAAAGACAUACUGAGAGAGCAAAAACUGCAAAGACGAGCGAGAAUGAGCACAAUAGGAGGGGCAUUACUUUUACAGACUGUAUCUGACACCAUUCACAUUCACAAGGAGAAAUAAAGCGGCCAUUUGGAAAACAAAUAUGGCAGCUUGCUCUCCAAGAACCAGACCUGCUUUGUGAUUGGUCCAGAGCAAACAGACUCCUCCAAACUCUUAAUCAGUCAUUAUUAUGAAUAUUAUAAAUAUUAUUACCUCACACAUACAAUGCAUUCAUGUAUACACAAAGGAACAUUCAGUCUGACACACUCAUGUAUACACACAUAUUCAGAGAUGAAUCUCUUAAACCCAAUCUCUGUCCAGCCAUAUUUGGCAGCAUUGACCACAUCUUUGUAUUUUCUACUUAAGUUUGAUUUCUCUUUUAGGAGCCUAUAGGAAUUACUGUGUUGUGCUUUUAGCUUGCUGUUAUCGAUGUAUUGUUCUGUUAAGUUUUUGCCAGAUUGUAUGGUGUACUUUUAUGCUAGGUCGAAAUAUCAUUAAACUUGACUUGUUACUGUAA